UGGUGCGCUGUGUCCCUCGGACACAGCAGAUCACCGAUCAAUGGAAAGAGCCGAAGAUGUUGGCUUGGUCAUGUGAUCAGCUGUGUCCAAUCACAGCUGAUCACAUGGGACAUGUGCACUGAUGAUUAGUGUAGCCCCAGCCGUGCCACCUGUCAGUGUCCAUCAGUGCCAGCUGUCAGUGCUCAUCCAUGCCACCUGCCAGUGCCCAUCAGUGCCACAUCAAUGCCACCUAUCAGUGCCUACCAGUGCACAUCAAUUCCACAUAUCAGUGCCCACCUGAGCUGCCUUUCAGUGUCACCCAUCAGUGCCAGUCAAUGCCACCUGUCAGUGCUGCCAAUCAGUGCCACUUAUCAGUGUCAGUCAGUGCCGCCUAUCAGUGUGCAUCAGUGCCACCUAUCAGUCCCCGUUAGUGCUGCCUAUCAGUGCCGCCUAACAGUGCCAGUCAGUGCCACCUAACAGUG